CUUCUUCUGUAGGCAUUGCAGCUUCCCUGGAAGUCUCAGAAAGCCCUGGGAGUAUCCAAGUGGCCCGGGGUCACACGGCAGUACUGCCCUGUACCUUCACCACCAGCGCUGCCCUCAUUAACCUCAAUGUCAUUUGGAUGGUCAUUCCGCUCUCCAAUGCUAACCAACCUGAACAGGUCAUUCUCUAUCAGGGCGGACAGAUGUUUGACGGUGCCCCCCGGUUCCAUGGUAGGGUAGGAUUUACAGGCACCAUGCCAACCACCAAUGUCUCUAUCUUCAUUAAUAACACUCAGCUGUCAGACACAGGCACCUACCAGUGUUUGGUCAACAACCUGCCAGACAGAGGGGGCAGGAACAUUGGGGUCACUGGUCUCACAGUGUUAGUUCCCCCUUCUGCCCCACACUGCCAAAUCCAAGGAUCCCAGGAUAUCGGCAGUGAUGUCAUUCUGCUCUGUAGCUCAGAAGAAGGCAUUCCUCGACCAACUUAUCUUUGGGAGAAGUUAGACAAUACCCUCAAACUACCUCCAACAGCCACUCAGGACCAGGUCCAGGGGACAGUCACCAUCCGGAACAUCAGCACUCUGUCUUCAGGUCUGUACCGGUGUGUGGCCUCUAACGCCAUUGGGACCAGCACCUGCCUUCUGGAUCUCCAGGUUAUUCCACCCCAUCCCAGGAGCAUUGGACUAAUAGCUGGAGCCAUUGGCACUGGUGCAGUUAUUAUCAUUUUUUGCGUUGUACUAAUUUUUGGGGCAUUCUUUUACUGGAGAAGUAAAAAUAAAGAGGAAGAAGAAGAAGAAAUUCCUAAUGAAAUAAGAGAGGAUGAUCUUCCACCUAAGUGUUCUUCUGCCAAAGCAUUUCACACAGAGAUAUCUUCCUCAGAAAACAACACAUUGACCUCUUCCAACACCUACAACAGUCGAUAUUGGAGCAACAAUGCAAAAGUUCAUAGAAACACGGAGCCAUUCACUCACUUCAGUGACUUGCGCCAGUCUUUCUCCCUCCACUCAGGCAAUGCCAAUAUACCAUCCAUCUAUGCUAAUGGGAACCAUCUGGUCCCGGCUCCACAUAAGACUCUGGUAGUGACAGCCAACACAGGGUCCUCACCACAGGUUGUGUCCAGGAACAAUGGCUCUGUCAGCAGGAAGCCUCGGCCUCAGCAUGCACACUCCUACACCAUCAGCCAAGCAGCACUGGAGCGAAUUGGUGCUGUGCCCGUUAUGGUGCCCGCCCAGAGUCGGGCUGGGUCCCUGGUAUAGGACAAGAGGAGAUAUGGUAUUCAGAAAAGAAUAAUGGAGUGCAUCAUACACGGGUGGUAGGGUGGGGCGAGCACUGGGAAAGAAACACUUUCCUUAUCAUUUUAUUAGUAAAAAGCACCAGAAGAAGCAAUGUUGUUACCUGGCCACUAAGGUUUGUAAAAGGGACUAGAAUGCUCCACCAUGAAGACUUCUUUACCCACCAGAGAUUUCCUGGGAUUCUGUUCAAAAGCUGGACCUCAAAGACGUGCCAAGCUAAGGAAAAUGCAGAAUAGCACUUCAAGCCCAAGUUGCAGUCCGUAUGGGCUUGUUCUUUAAUCCUUGCCUAACUUGAUAGCUUUUUUUUUUUUCCCAAGAGACUAAAAGUGCCAGAUGAAGUUU